CCUUCUCUUUCUUCAAUUCUUCUUUCAAUGGAACGCAACAGUUACAACUCAGCUUCCUCCGCCGUCAUCUCCGCCGUUUCCUCCGCAUCUCACUUACCGGAGCCCGAUGUCCACAUCCUUACCUCCGGAGGCCUCCGCAUCCCCGCUCACACCAGCAUAUUGGCAAUGGCGUCGCCGGUGCUGGAAAAUAUAAUCGAGAGGCCACGUAAGCACCGGAGCUCCGAACGAGUCAUCCCGAUUCUCGGUGUACCGUGCGACGCCGUUUCUGCUUUUGUUGAAUACCUCUACUCUUCCAGGUGCGAUGAAGAGCAACUGGCGAAAUACGGGAUUCAUCUGCUAGCGUUGUCGCACGUUUACUCAGUCCCGCCGCUUAAGCUGCGGUGCAGCAGGGGAGUCAGUCAGCGGCUGACGGCGGAGAACGCGGUGGACGUCCUCCAACUCGCCAGGCUCUGCGACGCUCCCGAUCUUCACCUCAAGUGCUUGAAACACAUCGCCGCCCAUUUCAAAUCUGUCGAGCAAACCGAAGGUUGGAGUUUCAUGCAGGAUCAUGAUCCCUGGCUCGAGCUUCAGAUUCUUCAAUUCAUCGAUGAAGCUGAAACGAGAAAGAAGAGAAUAAGGCGGCACAGGGAAGCACAGGGCUUGUAUUUUCAGCUAAGCGAGGCAAUGGAGUGUUUCCAGCACAUAUGCACGGAAGGGUGCACCACCGUGGGGCCGUACGACGUGAAACCGGCUAAGAAACCGGGUCCCUGCAACAAGUACGCGACGUGCCACGGGGUUCAGCUGUUGAUAAAGCAUUUCGCUUUGUGCAAGAGAAGGGUCAACGGUGGAGGGUGCUCUCGCUGCAAGCGAAUGUGGCAGCUUCUUCGGCUCCAUUCCUCCAUUUGUGAUCACCCAGAUUCUUGCAGGGUUCCACUUUGCAGGUAAACAUUAAAAACCAAUUAUUUUUUUUUGUUGAUAAUGUCAUUUGUCUUUGGAUGGAGUAAUCAAACUGCCUAUGAAUGUCCUAAAUACAUUUUUU